AGGUAAUGGAUGCCGUUUGAAUUGAGGAUUUUUGAAGCCAAUUCAACAACGUCCGAAAUCAGCAAUGGCGACAAAUACUAGAAAGAGAAUAGGAGAUGAUUCUCUAGAGCUUUCUACGAAAAGGUUACGAAUUGAUGUCCCGAGUUCUCUGCCAGACGUACUCGAUGGUGAUAAUGAUAAUGAAUACAAGCCGGAACAAGAUCUGAUUUCUGAGGAGGAGGAAGAUACUAUGGAAGCAGCAGAUACACCGAAUACACCAUUUUCACCUGUACCUGGCAAAAAAUUCCCUUCUGAGUAUAAGACGAUCAAAUGUACUUACGAAGGAUGUACAAAAACAUUUAACCGACCUGCAAGAUUGGCAGCACAUCUACGAUCACAUGCAAAUGAAAGACCAUUCAUAUGCUCAUACGAAGGGUGUGAUAAGGCAUAUAUCGAGGAAAAACAUUUGAAGCAACAUAUCAAGGGAUCUCACACUCACGAACGAGAAUAUACGUGUGAUUGGGAAGGGUGUAGUAAAAGCUUCUUGACGGCCACGAGGUUAAGAAGACACAAGGAUGCUCACGAAGGCCAUGAAAGGUUCAGAUGUACAUCAUAUCCUCCCUGCAAUCAGACGUUUCGAAAACAUCAAACACUCCAACGCCAUAUCCGUUCCGACCAUCUCGAUUUAGCUCCAUUCCCAUGCACAUAUAUCGAUCCGAUUACGAAUGAACUUUGCAAAGCAGGAUUUGAUGCUUCAGGUGGACUCAAAAAGCAUAUGGAAAGAACUCAUGGAGCAGCUACAUUUCUAUGCGAAGACUGUACAGUACCAGGAAAAUUCCAUGAAGAUGGUACACCCGUACCGUUGGCUUUCACAACGAAUGCCAAAUUACAAGCACACAUCAAGAAAGAACAUGCAACUUGUAUGUUCUGUGAUCGAAAAUGUUCUAGUCAACAAUUGCUCCAAAAACAUAUCGAAACUCAACACUCGGGCACUACACUUGAAGAACGUAAGAAUAUACCUUGCGAAUAUCCAGGCUGCCCGAAGACAUUUACCAAGAGAGCGAAUCUACAAGUUCACAUGCGGACUGUACAUGAUGGACAGCGUUUUAUUUGCGGAACAUUUGAUGUUUCCCAAACUCCCGACCUCGCAUCUUGGAAUGGAAGCGAUUCGUGCGGUAAAGAUUUCGUCUCGAAAGUCAAUCUUGAAGAUCAUGUUCGAACACAUCAUCUCGGCUUACCCAGUGUUUUGAAUGCUAGGGGUAGACGAAAGACUGAUUCACAAACUAGACGUUCUGCGAGAAGGGCACCCGAGCAAACCGAGAUUGAGGAAUUAGCAGGUUAUGAUGCCAGAAGAACAAUCGAUUGUGUAGUUCAGGGAUGUCCUCAUAAAUUCAUGAGAGAUUAUGAUUUUCAUGAGCAUAUGAGAAUUCACCAUCAGGAUGUCGGUUUUAUGGACGGUCAGAAUGAUAUGAAUCUAAAUAUCGAUAUGAGCAUGAUGGAUCAUUUCCCUUAUACAGAUAAUGGAGGAGAAUUGCCAAGUCUAGAUUUCAUGAAUGAUGGUACGGGGAUGGAUAUGGGCGCUCUGGAUAUGGGAAUGGAUUUGAUCGAUCCGGCAUUACAUACGCCCAACUUCAAUCUUGAAGCAUCAGCAUCGGGAUCAGCAGCAGCCUUCGUAGCACCCUCUAUCAACGGAUGGGAUAACGCAGAUGUAGCUGCUGAAAUAGAUCUGGAUUGGGACUUUCAAAGACAGGUAUUGGAGGGAGGACGAUUUUGGAUUGGUGGAGAUGAAUCGCAGAUUCCUGGGGGCUCACAAGAAUGGUCACGAGAUCAGGCAGAGAUGAGGAGUUUGAUUGAUUGAUAGAUGUCAUCUGAUGAGGGUCUAGUCCUUCGACCUUGGCUUAGUCAUCGGGCUUGUGAUAGGUCGAAGAUACAAACCUGAAAAUGUCGAGAUAUUUUACAUUGCAAAGAGCUAUCCGGUGGCUAAAUACAACGAAUCACAAAAAACGCGCGCUCUCUUCGCUGGGUCGAACAAUUUUUGGAGUGCAAUGGGGUAGUAAUGAAAAUUCAGAGCAGGAUUUCCUCAUCUAGUGAGGGAUAAAACGGGAAAAAAAGGAUCAGAGAUAGCAAGCGCUGCAUACGUCUCUACGAUGUCGUUAUAGCUGGACUAUACAUUGCGUUGUACUGUACUGUAUUGCAUUGCAUUCCUACCGAAAACAGACUUGGAGGAGAAAAGAGAGGUAGUCAAGAGAUA